AUGCGGAUUGAGAAAUUCGGAAACCUCAUGACCCCAACAGCUCUGGAGAAGAGUAAACCCCUAUAUUCUUUCGACUUGAGUCCGCAACACACGGCGGGACGAAUAGAAUUCAGUCUUCCAUAUAAACUCGAUUUUGGGGUCUCCGAGUACGGGAUUGUGGGCAGACAGGCAACGUUACUCUCAUCAAGUCAAGAUGUGAGUGAGCGGAGUAUUUUAGGGAAGGGGGUCAUUGGGUGGAAUUGA